AUGCCUUCUCAGAUCGUGUCCACCGCUGUAGGUGAAACCACCAUUUCUGCAGGAAACAAUCCCCCGGCUAGUCCCAUUACUACAGCUAUAGAAGGCAUUGGAGAAUAUGUAUCAUCUUCACCGGGAGAUGACUCUCCUAUGUGCCCUUGCCCUUCCGCACCCAUAGGCACCGAAAAUGAAGACCUGAACUCCCAGAACCUCCAAAGAAAAGCCGCGCCUGAUGACUGGGCCGAGCAGCGACCAAAGAGUUUAAGCCUAGAUCCAAAGCGGACAAGUUGCUCCAUACCGCCUCCGAAUCACCAAGAAGAGACCCAAUCUGGGCCUCCUACGACCAUGCAGGAGCUAGUGACUGGCUUGGCACUCUGGAACACAACCUCAAACUCAAAUGAUUGUGUAGCUGAAAAGCAUGUCAUGCCACGAAACGGCAAAAUAAGAUCUCGUCUGUCACACUCGUCUAGAUACAUGGACACGAAAACGGAUAUGGAAAUAGAUGCGGCCUACAGUACUAAUUCUUCAUAUUCUACAUGGGUUCCGAAACAAAAGCCCAAAUCAGCAAUCAAGUCCGAUCAGGACUCCUUGGCUUCAAAUGCCGUAAGACCGGCCGUUCAAAUCCCGGCCUUAUCAUUGGAAAAAUUUGGCCUUAUAUACGAGGAAUUAAGCAGUGACCCUUUCCAGGUCCUUGUUGCGGCUGUAAUAGCUUGGGAUCUCCCUGUGAGAGACCCAGAGUCCACGGCCUGCCACGUGGUGAACAUCGUAGUGAAAAAGUUCCCACGACCUACUGAUUUUGCGAUUGCAAAUCUGGGUCCUGCGGUGCGCUCCUCGGGCUGGACCGAACGUGGCGAACUUGUGGAGCUACUUAAAUGUCUUCCUCGUGGAGCUGAUCGUGCAAAAACCUUAGCAGCAUUAGCCAAGGUUUGGAUCAGCGAUGAAUUGAGGCCCGCCCUUGAGACACGUGCUUAUCCAGGUGAGGAGAAGUGGGAACGAUUUUUGGGUAGGGUGUACCAAGAGGACAUGGACUUCAAAAUCCACGACAGCGACAAGGAAACUUCCUUUUGGGGGGAUUGGGUUUCGGGCUAUGCUCGAGAUUGCUUCCGGAUAUUUUUUUGCGACGAUUGGCAGAAAGUUCUCCCUCGACACGCCGACCUAGACGCGUAUCUAAAGUGGCGAUGGCUUCGGAAAGGACUGGAUUUGAAUCACGUGACGGGAGAGAUAAAGCCGGCCUCGACGGAUCAUGUGAGGUUAGCAACCAAAUCAGCGCCAAUGAAAUCUCGCUCUAAGUCGCAACAUAGGAAGCUGGCAACAGACUCCCAUCGUCAGUCCCUGAGCUCGAACAACGGGCGUGAUAGCCAGAGCGAUGCCUCCUCUUCGCCGUACCAAGCCGCACCCAACUUGAGGUCACGCAAAGUGACUAGUGAGGACUACGUCUCUAGAAAUAAAGGAUUAUUCAUCAACCAGGAAGGGCGACAGCAUAUGAUCUAUAUGGCCGAGAAUGGUACACAGAAGGUCCAGUGCGACUUGUGCAAGGACACGUUCGCAAAAGGAAGCGGCUUUACGUACCAUUUGAAAUUCUGCCGCAAGAGGCCGCGCCAGGAGGAGGGCCUUUUGGCCGGCCCAUCAACUAGCACACUGGCCGGAUUGCCAGCCGCCCGCGCUCUACACUCUCUACACUCACCUUCCGACCCAAAAACUGUGCCACCGCCAUGCCUGGACGCUGGCCACGCUGAUAGGCCUGUCACCGCCCAGCCCAACCGAUCUACGCCGGCUAAGCGCGCUACAACGAUCCAAAUUCCACCACCAUACCUGGUAACACCGGGCCCUCUCUCUCUCUGUGGCGAAGACAUGUCCAGCAUACUAGAGCCCCGGCGACGCAAGAAGGCUUCAUCCAGCUCUUCCAAGGAGAAAGAUCGCGACGGCGAAGAGCCCCGGCGCCGAAAGAAGACCUCCAAAGAUCCCGACAAUCCUACCCGCGAGCGCACCCGCAAAUCGGCCUCUCGUACCUCCCACUCCUCGCGCAAGAUGUCUAUUGUACCUGAAAUGGAGAGGCGGGAAGCCCUCUCCUCACCGUACGGAUCCAAGACGAGCUUACCGUACCCUUCCUUCAGCAAGGAGCACUCCAAGGAAGCGGUCCACAGCAAAGAGAACGUUGCCGACCCCCGCAAGUCUCCAUUUACGCCAAACCCUACCGACCUCAGCCAAGAUGCCCAAGAUAAGGACGAACGGGAAGAGACACAGCCACCAGCUCCGAACAGGGCACCACCGAGCCCUCCCCUCACCGCAACGGACGCUGGUCCAGAACUGAGGCGGCCUGGGAGUGGGAGUAGCAUACGAAUGGCUGCGCAUACAGGACAUCAUGAUCCGGAGAGCGGCAGAAGGAGCGCUGAUAGCUCAUCCCGACUGACUCCAGGAUCGGGCCCGAAGUUCUCGGCGUCCAGGUCAAGCCUACGGCAGAGCACAGAGACGGAUGAUGCAACGGACAUAACGUCCACUACGGAACGGUCGAGGACAAGCACAAUCAAACAGGAUAACGCAGCACAAUUAGCACCACCUGCUGCAAGACCUAUCAGUCCAAAUACGAGACCACCAGGCCGGACCGCAUCUGCUGGAUCGCACAGUGUUUCUGUCGUCACUCAGUCUACAGACUCCGAUGCCACGUCAAUCGCGCCUACUCAGAGGGCUCCCUCUCGGCCCACCCCUCUAUCGACUACAGAAUCGUCCCCAUCAGUAGGCGAUUCGUCACCACGAACCCCAACGCCGAGAGACGCAGAUUUCCCAUAUGGCACCACCGAGAAGACUAAUCCGAUGAUAGAGAUAUUCAACGACCCUCUGUCUAGACCUCAGUCCGUAGAUUCCAUGUACAUGGACUCCCCACUCACACCGCCCCCGCCACCACCUCCUCCAGUAAUGAACGCAGAUGCGCCGCGAGUCGACUACCUGCUACAGCAUGGUGGUCUGCCACAUCCAGUUCCCCGGAGUCUACUAUCGGCCGUCGCUACCUCGUCGCCGGUAUCAGCGUAUCAGCAGUACACCUCGCCCAGAGUACCAGCAUCACAAAACACCGAUGUUCGAAGUAUAUUUGCCCCCUUCCAAAAUUUGUUAGAAAGCUACAAUCAAGUUAUUUCGAAGCAUGGGUCAAUCGCUGUCGCCACCGGCUAUCGUUCAGUAGCACGUAGGCUACUGGACCGGCUUGAGGCUGUGUUUGCUCGUAACAUAUCCUCAGAAAGCUGUCAAUGCAUAAUGUGCCUGCCGUUGGCAAUGCAGGCCCCAACGGACGAGGAGACUGGUGUUAGCUGGGGCGAGAUUCUGGAGUAUGUGUCUGGACGCCGAGAACUACCUCCCUGGCCCCCUUUUUCGAUUGCAGCUUCUGGACUAGGUAUCGCCGAUAUGGAACAGGAGGCGCCAAUGCAAAAAUUGGAUAUUGACGUACCAGAAGAGUACCGGGAGCACUAUGUGCGGCAAAGCAAGAAGACGAAGACGGCAGUCCAGAAGUGGCUUUCAGCACAACCCGAGGAAGCUGCGAGCCCGCCACAAGAAGUAGAUGAUGAAACAUUGCUUUUUGCGAUGCUCACACAUCUCGAGCCCCAGAAACGACCAUUGUUCACGGCUCUCUACAAGGGAAUGUCAACAUUGCCCGCAUCACGGGCGCAGACUCCGUUAGCAAAGGUCAGUACUGAAGUACUGGCGAAGACGUCGCUUGCUCUUCAGAGACUCUAUCGCUUAGAGAGGCCUCCCCGGGAUCCCGAAUGCACCAUGUACCUCCUCAAAAAUCCGGAGAUCCAUGGUGUCUUGGCUACUUUGGCUGCUGUCAGUGCCGGUGAAUGGGAGAUUCUAGUGUCAGGACGAUUUGACGGCUUCUUAUGGUCCGGUGCAGAGAACGCGUUUCCAUCCUUCGGGACUCCAAUGUCACGAGGCCCUUCGAGAGGCCCGACACCCCUUUCUCGAACCACCACACCAUUCAGUGUAGCCGGCAUACCUUCUCGUGGCCCAUCCCGCGGCCCCACUCCAUUCAGCCCAAAUCGCGACAUGACGGGAACGCCAGCUGCAUCCUCCUUCGGGGCACCCGUCCAAAUGGACGAAGAAACCGAAAUCGCUGUCCUUGCCGAAGUGGAGCGCGAGAUCUACCUCGGCAUGGAAACUCUCGAAAACGCGUUUGAGGCCCUCCAUUGCAAAGCCGAGACGGUUAGGCGCAACCUCCGUGAGCGCAGCGCUGGUCUCGCCAUGGCGGCGCAGGCGCGCCGUGGCUCCAUGACUGACGGCAUCGAGGUCAGGCUCGGCACGCCGGCGUCUGCGGCUGGAUGGGGCGGCUGGGAGAGUGAGACGGAUGAUGGGAUAGAUGACUGGAGGAGUGAGAUUGCGCCGGACGAUUCGGCGAGCAAUAUCAGCUUUAGUCGGAGAAGGAGGCCGGAGCGGAGGCAUGAGAGGAGGACGCCCGCGCCUGUGGAAGAGGAGGAUGAGAGCGAAGUGACGCCUGAGGUCGUGCAGAGGCGGUAA